AUGUUAGAGAGUAUCACUACAACCAAAAUUUCCCUCCCCCUGCCGGCAUCUGGCCGUGCACUGAACGAGAUAAACAAGACUUACAGCGUCGGAGGGAUCAACUCUUUGCCAGUGUACCUGGUGUCUGGGCAAGGUUCCCGGGUUCGCGAUUCCGAUGGGCGCGAGCUGAUUGACUUCAUCUGUGGAUUCAGCGCCAGCAACCUUGGGCAAUGUCAUCCGAGGCUUCUUGAAGCGCAAGUCAACUCAGCCAAGAAAAUAACACUCGCCAACAUUGCUGGCCAAGCAGAAGGAUGGCCUCGUUUAGCCAAACGGUUGUGUGAUAAGUUUGGCUAUGACAAGGUGUUGGCCAUGACGUCGGGCUCUGAAGCUACAGAUACGGCUUGCAAGUUGGCGCGUGGAUGGGGAGUCGACAUCAAGAAAAUCGACCCCAGGGAGGUUCUUGUCCUCGGAACGUCGGACAACUACCACGGUACGCUUUCUGGAGUGUGGCCUCUCAUGGAGCCGGAGGCCGGCUGGGAAGAAUUCGCGACAUUCAGCAAAAAUAUGACCAACAUCAACCCUCAAACAGGAAAGGUUCUUCGCUACCUUCAUGUCGAAGACUAUGCAGAGAUAUUUGAGCAGAUGCAUGAGCGUAUCGCUGCCGUCAUCAUGGAGCCACUUCAUGGACUUGCCAGGCGAGAAGAGAUCGACUUUUGCAUUGGCGUCUGGAAGCUAUGCAAGCAGUACAAUAUUCUCUUCAUCGCAGACGAAGUCCGGAUGGGAUCCUGCAAGACUGGCAGGUUCUUGAGUUCUGACUGGAUGGGGCCCGAGCACAAACCAGAUAUGGUGACCAUGGGCAAGUCCAUCUCCGGAGGUGUCUGGCCAACCUCAUUUGUGCUUGGCCCCGAUGAAGUCAUGAACAAAAUGAAGCCAUACCACUCAGUUAGCACGUUCUCAAUGUCUUCGAUGGCCGUCACAGGUGUGACCACCGCAUUGGAUAUCUACGAGGAGGAGAACCUACAGCAGCGGGCCCGAGACAUCCAUGCCAAAUGGAGCGCGGAAACAUCGACAUGGAAUUUCCCCUGGCUGCGAUACUGUCCAGCUUUCGGCGCGGACUUGAAUAUCUUGCUGGACACAGAGUACGAAAGUAAACCGGCGAACAUUACUCCCCGCCGGUUUUCAUUGCUGUGCGCUAGCGAAGGUCUACUUGUCUUUCCUGGCCCUAAUGGCCGCAUUCGUUUGGGAGUCGCGUUGACUAUUCCCGAAGAAGAUCUCUUCCAAGGCUUCAAGAUUCUAAAGAAAGCGUUAGAAGAGUUGCCACGGUACGGCGAGAUUGAAGGUUCUGAAGAAACCAUGGGUGCUUUCUGA